AAUUGAAGCAAAUACAUGGAACAAAGAGUUUACGACAAUAUCUCUACUUUGAAGAGGCACAAGCAGUCCGUUUCAUUUGAUUCAGAGAAUAAGCCAGCCCUUAUGAAAACAUCAUCUACUGGAAAAGUAUGGCUAAAUCAAAAGAAAAACUCUCUCAGUCGAUCUAUGAGACCAAGAUUAGGAAGAAUAGAGACAAAAUAACAUUUUAGAAGCAUGAGUAACCAAGGAAAGCCAAAUCAAGGUAUUUUCUACAGUCUUUCAUUUGAUAGAAAAUUUGACCCAUACUCCUCUUCCACAGCUGAGAAUUCUAAAAUUCCAAAACACAAAUAACCGAAAAUACUCCUUACCCAGAUCAAAACUAAGGCAGAAACAUGACUCUACCAUUAAAUCAAUACCUAUUUCAAACAAAGAGGCUCUUGAGAUUGUCCCUGAUAAUGGUCCAGCUCAACAUCCCUCUGUUUUAAAUCCAAUUUCUGAAAAAGCAAAGAACAUAAUCAAGAGCAAACUUCUGCCUAUCUUCAGCAGGAACAGGCGUGAAGACCUGACAAUAAAUUUUACCUAAUGAUUUCCUAAACAAGAGGCCUAACACUCCUGGAAGCAGCCUCAAAUUCCCUGAGCACAAAGAUGCGAAGACAUUCUUAAAAUA